UGGGAAAAAGAGAGAGAGAGAGAGAUAACAGUCUACAAAUCGCUACCAUCAAACCAACAAAACACCCCACUUCCGCCAAACAAAAUCGCCGAGCAUGCCACCAAAACGUUCACUUGCGCCAGCGGGCAGUCCUCCCCAGCGUGGUCUCAUUUCGUCGUUCUAUCACGGCAUCAAAUCCCCCGAAAACGCUUCCGUAGUAAGAAGUGUCGCCGUAUUCGCGGCUGCUGCGGCUUUUCUUUCUUCUUCGUGGAGUGAUUACUUGCUUCCUCCAGUUUAAGGCGACUGGAUAUGGAUGCGGCUGUCAAGGUGGAGGAUUGAUAGACGAAUCGCUUUCGGUAUUUGUGGAGCGGAAAAUUGGUCUUGCGCUAGUUUAGGCGGACGUGGAUGUGUAACGCUCUGGUCGAUGCCCUUAUUGGAAAGCCCGCUAUAAUUAGAUGGAUAGGUACUGCUAUGGAAUUAUCAUUUGAAAAAAAAAAAAAACUCGAGAGCCGCUUUAUAGCUCUUCGAUGCAUUACCGGUAGAUUUGGCUGCCAAUAGUCGUUUGCCUUCGUAUGUUUACGGUGCUUUUGCUUUGGACUUUGCCGGCCUGGCACCCGGAGAAUGCGGUUUCCCCCGGAAUAUAAUAAUGCGGUCAUUAGGGGUUCCAAUGAUUUGAUCCGCUUGCUCUUCAGGUUCCGAUGGGAUAUCCGUAUGACCAAGGUAUGUAUUCGUGGACCACCGUAUAUCACCGGUCCUAAGUACGAGUAUGGAACUCCGGAAAGCAACUGUAUCAUACCCCUCGACUACAUACAUUCCCGAAAGCUAAAUCUAGCAAAUGUGGAGGAAAACGGCAAAUCAUAGUUCCCUAGGAUGGAUAUCUCCCUUCGGGCAGUUAUGCCUGCUACCACUACUGAUACCUAUCCCCCAGGUAGAAAAAAGAAAGAAAAAAGCACUCAUAAAUCUUGCGGCAACGCUCACCCCGCCCAGUGCAUAAUUAAUUGGUCACCGAAUACCAGAACCGUUCAACAACCUCGUGCUUUGUUCGGAAGUUUAGCAGCGGGUAUGGUAUUAUCAUAGAGAUAUUCCUUU